UUUCACGUAGCGUUUUCGAGAAAGGAAGAAAUUUACAUGCAUUUUAAAAUCGAAACUACCUUGAAAUUGUUACAUACAGAAUAUUCAAGCACUGUGUCGCUUUAAGAUAAUUAAUAAGUCUGUAUUACUUAAAGCAAAGUAAGCAUUUUGUCAAUUGUUUACUUAUUGUGGUGAAAAACGGUCAAAUGAAUAAUGAAUUUAAAGAACGCAAAAAGGAUAUUUAAGUGUUUGGUUGUAUCUGCAAUAGUGUUCGAAAUUCUACUUGUGACUCUAAUUAUAACAUGGUAUGCUCUUAGACAACGGCAAAUGGACUCUAUGCUAUGCUUUAAAGAUGAGAGUCUUAAACCUAUUGGGUGGAAAUCUGAAAUUCUUCAAAAUCUGACAUUUGGAUAUGGCAAAGACACGACACAGAAUGAAAAUUGCUUUGAAACAGUCGAGGUGUUAAACGCGUUUGUUCGACAGCUGAUGGUAUUCCAUUAUGAUACUGAAAUCAAUCCAGAACCUCCUAUGUUUAACUUAACCAUCUUCAACAAAACAAUAUCAACAACAUUACCUACUGCAGUACAACUCAAUGGUAUAAAGAAUGUUGAAACAUCAGUUCAACAAGACAAUCAAUCGAAGUUAUUUUGGAAAUCUUCCAUAACGCAAGGCGACGGACUCGACUAUUUUGAGGAAGAGGGAGUUAUUGCUAUACAGAAAUCAGGAUACUAUCAUGUCACUACACAUUUGACAAUCAUGAAAGAAAGCAAAACCAUUUCAGCCGAUGAUGAAUUAGCUUCACAUCAGGUUAUCCGCAUCUCAGAUAAAACUGAUACAGAAUCGGUUUUACUAGAAAACACCAGAUUUCAAUGUGUUAUGCCUGUCAAGCAAGGUGAACAAUCAAGUUACAUGGCUGCAGAUUUUAAACUCGAGAAAAGCGAUAGGAUUUUCGUGACCUUCUCUUAUCCGUAUAAAAUUGUGUAUGGUAAUGGAGGACAUUAUUUCAGUAUUGUGGAGAUAUAAAUAUUUUGCCUUUGUGAUUAAUACAAAUAUCUCAAAGUAUACUCUAAUAACAUGAUAACAUGAUCGAACUAUACACAUUUAAAUUGAAUGUUUUUGAUUAAGUUAUCAUUAAAGAAAACAGGAAUCUAAACGCGUGAGGACAUGUCAAAUGCCUCUUAUAUUAACAGUCUUGUUACAUGGCUGCAGCUUUGAAAAUAAUUGAAAAUAACGAUUGGACGGAAUAAAUUUGAGACUAACAGUGUGAGGUUGAAUCAUUUAUUUAAAAGCGUUUACAUUCCCUUGCAGUGCUUAUGUUGAUGACUGUUCCAAAGCAGCGACGCUCUCUGUUUUUAAGAUGUAUAUCAUGUUUAUUGCUAGUUGCUUAUUGUGUAAACACUGAUUUCGUUUCUCCGUGUAUUUUUGGUCCGCGUCCCCAAAUGUUUCAAAUUUCACCCGCCCUCUAUUCAAUGUUCACAUCUCCUUAAUUGUCUCGAUCUUGAGCCCUCUCCUGUUUAGUUUUGUACCUUGCUUGGCUUCUUGUCGGUGUUCAUAGAAUGUCGCCCUACCUUUUUGAUAUUUAUUAAAUAUGUAACGUUACUUUCUCUUACCCUAACUACGUAGUAUCUUGCUAUAUAAUACUGGUACAGUAUAUAAUUGUAGUACUUUUUGCUUUGCACCAUUAAAAUGUUUCCUAUUAUACGAAAUAUAUCUUUAAAUUUGAUACUCUGUAAUAUCCACAAUCAUGGGAAGAAAAAACACGAUUAUUAUAUUAUAUUCAUGCAUAAUAAAAUCAUAAAGUUAACUUUAAAAAAAACAAGUUCAUGAAUUUCAUUAUGUGUAUUUUUAACAAAUAAAUGUUUUAAAUAGUGAAAUUACAAAAUUAUCAAAUUACUUGUAAAUAGGAUAAUAUUGCAUUUAAUGUCCGUGAUCUUAGUAUUAAUUUCAAAGAGACUUUUAAAACAUAAAUGUAUCGACUUUCUUUCCAUUUCCGUUUUAUUUUGAUAAUUAUGAAGCAGGUGUCACCUAUAUUUUUACUAUGUUAUGUUUAUAAUCUUGAGCAAUAUCUUAUUCGUUAGAUGAUAUACUAAUCUGGAUGUUAAAAAUUUUGAAUUCACUGUUUUAGGGUUUCGUAUUUUUAUUGAAUUUGAUUUUCUACCAUUUGUUAUCUCACCAAUCUUAUAAAUAACAUAUUACAAUGCAGGGAAUUAGUAAUUGUUGUAGGCAGUAUCGUUUUCCUCUUCUUUUCACUUUAACAAGGAAAAAAAAUCUUAUAUUUUUUACAACGUUGUUAUAUUUGUACAAUUAUAAGUAUUUUCUUACCCUCUUACGCUUAUUGUUGUUUUUAUUUUCAUUUUUUGAAAUCAUUUCGAACAACGUUACAGUGUAGCAGCAAUUAAUUUAACUUUUAUUACUUGUUGCUUUUUCAUUUUUUUUAUUUGAGUCAUAAAUGUAAAAUAUACAAUCCUCCGUGUCCCCCGAUGUACGCUUAUUGUUUUUUUGUUAAUUAUUAGUUACUAUACAAUUUUGUUAUGCGUUACAGCUGUUUUAUUACUAUUAUUACAUUUUGUAUUCGGAUUAACGUAUUCAUAGUUAUUUAGUUUUAUAGUUCAUUUCCAUCUCUUUUUUACGCGUUAUUGUUUAUUGUUGAUCUGAUGCAUUAGACUUAGUGCAAAUUGUGUUUAACGCUGAUUGUGCUAUUAUUGUUAUAACUUGUAAAAUUCAAUACUUACAACACCUAUUAAACUUGAAUUAAUUUUACCACUCUUACGCUGAUUUACUCCUUUAUUUUGUUUUAGAAUCACUUAUGAAAAUAUAAUUUGUAUAAUUAAAGAAUUUAGUAUAAUUCUUUAGUAUAAUUGAAGCAUAUAAUAACUAUAUUUUCAUAAAAAAACAACAAAAACAAAAUAACAAAAACGCAACAUCUUUAUAUCAAAUUAGAUUAGUACUUCGUCAAAUAUGAGAAAACAGAAAAGUUUACUUUAAUUUAAAAUUGGUAAAAUAACAUGUUUUGCAGAGGGAAACGUGUUUGUUAGAACAUAUUUUGGCGAUUGAUAUAUUUCAAAUCUAUUAUUAUAGUUUUUGUUUUGUUUUACUUUGAUACGGAUAUCGGUAUCCAUUCGGAAUAUUUAAAUAUAACCGUUUACGGCUUUACAACAAAAUCGCCUAAAUCUCAUUUUUGGAAGCAAAUAUAUCAAAUCAAGUUCGGUAGAAAUAACACAUUACAAAUAGACAUUCAAAAUACGGUUUGUGAAGACUGAACGAAAGGAAAACAUUUAAUAAGCAUUCGAACAUUUGAUUCUAUUACAGUCACUAACGGUACCAGUGAGGAAUCAGUCAGACAUCAAAUUGAUAAUAUUAAUAAUCUCAAUACAGACUCGAAAGAUGAUCAGUUCAGCGAAUCUUACAUAAAAACACUAAUACAGAUACUGUAAAACAUGUUGAUAUUACAGAGAAGCAGAAAACUCUUGUUUGUUUGUUUGUUCCAUUUAACGCCUUUUUCCAACAGUAUUUCAGUCAUAUAGGCGGGCAGUUUCCUAACCUUCGUUCCUGGAGAGUUACACCAGUACUAGACUACCUUCCUCCGCGCUAAACUACCAAAGCAUCUCCUAGGGAUCAAACCCACGCCAGAGAGGUAACUGGAUAAGAAGUGAUCGACUCUAACCCCUUGUAAUCAAACUUGUUAUAUAGCAAUCUUAUAUUGAAACCCCGGUUGAUCUUCUUGUUUGGCCCCCCCCUGAGGUCAUGGUCAAUAUUACUAAAAAUAGAACAUGGUUUCCGGACAAUAACUAUAGUUGAAUUACUAUGAAUGUUGUUAUCAAAACGGGAUCAAGAUGAAGGUCAACAUUAUUAAACAUAGUAGAAGACCAGAGUCAUGGUUUGUUUUUGUACUCCCUUCGAUCAGGGUCACUAUUACGAAUAAUAGAAAAAUGGUUUCUG